AUGAAUAAGCUUUUAGCAAUGGGAAUGUUAUCUUUAAUAAUAAUUGGAAUCACUUAAUAUUUUGAUAAUUCAGAACUAAAUCUCUAAUAGAGAUUUGAAAUUUAUACAAGAAAAUAUGGAAAAUUUUAUGGUCCUUCUGAAAAGAUCUUUAGAACUAAGAUCUACGAAGAGAGAAUUAAAUUAUUUGAAGCUCACAAUUCUGAUAAAACUUAAACUUAUACUAUGGGAGAGAAUUAAUUUACUGAUUUAACCUAAGAAGAAUUUGAGUCCAUUUAUUUAAGAAGAAGAUCUUAUUAGAAAUAAUAAUUUGAAAAUUAUGUAUCAACUUCUGAAACAAACUUAUCUUCAGCAAAUUGGGAAGGUUUAACUGCUAUCAAAGAUUAAGGUUAAUGUGGAGCUGGUUGGGCUUUUGCAGCGAUAGGAGCAGUCGAAUCAAUUUUAAGAAUUGAUGGUAUCACAGAUAAAGACCUUUCAGAAUAAUAAUUAAUAGAUUGUGAUUUAGAAUCUUAAGGUUGUGAAGAUGGAAACUUAGAUAAUGCAUUAAAUUGGGUUUUAAAUAAUGGUGUAACUACAGCCACCAAUUAUCCUUACACUGGCAAAACUGAAGCAUGCAAAAGACAAACAGGGUUAUUCUAAAUUAAGGGAUAUUAAAAAGUUGAUCCAAAUUAAAUGUAACCUGCAAUUAUUAAGUCUCCAAUUGCUGCAUCUGUUGAUGGUUCAAGUUGGAUAUUCUAUAAAUCUGGUGUUUUUAAUAGAUGUUCUUUUGAAGAAUUUAACCAUGAUGUUUUGAUUAUAGGUUUCAAAGAUGAUGGAACUUGGAUAGUUAAAAAUUCUUGGGGUCAAUGGUGGGGAGAAAAUGGUAUUAUAAGAUUACCUAAAGGUAAUUCAUGUGGAAUUUAAGAAUAAUCGUUUAUUGCAUAUGCAUGA